GCCGCUCUAUGUCACCGUGGUGUACCAGGGGAAGUGCUCUCACUGCAUGCGGAUCGGGGUGGCAGUGCCCAUCUCUGGGACGGUGGCCAGGCUGCGGGAGGCUGUCUCCUCAGAAACCAAGAUACCCACGGAGCAGAUCGUGCUGACAGAGAUGUACUACGAUGGGUUUCAUCGUUCCUUCUGCGAUACUGAUGACCUGGACACCAUUCAUGAAAGCGACUGCAUUUUUGCCUUUGAGACCCCAGAGAUAUUUAGGCCUGAGGGUAUCCUCAGUCAGAGAGGAAUACAUGUGAACAAUAACCUGAAUAACUUGAAAUGUGGCACUGAGCACUCCCGAACAAUAUCUUACUCUCAAGGAACAGUGAAGUCUGGAAAACUGGAACAGUCCUCUACUAAGCCAGCAGCAAAUGACAAGAUUGUCUUGCUGGUCUGUAACAGAGCGUGCACUGGACAGCAGAGCAAAAGGUUUGGCUUGCCCUUUGUGUUGCAUUUGGAAAAAACAAUUGCUUGGGAUAUUCUGCAGAAGGAAAUUCUGGAGAAGAUGCAGUAUUUCCUGCGGCCUGCAGCCUGCAUGCAGGUUUGCCCGUUCAGCUUGCGAGUGGUCAGUGUUGUGGGCAUAACGUACUUGCUACCUCAGGAGGAGCGACCCCUCUGCCAUCCAACAGUGGAAAGGGCAUUGAAGUCAUGUGGACAGGGGGGAACUGCUCAUGUGAAAUUAGUGGUAGAAUGGGACAAAGAAACUAAAGAUUACUUGUUUGUGAAUACGGAAGAGGAAUAUAUUCCAGACUCCGACAGUGUCCGCCAGCAGAGAGAGCUUCAUCAUCAACCUCAGACCUGCACUUUAUCUCAGUGUUUCCAACUGUACACCAAAGAGGAACAGCUUGCCCCAGAUGAUGCAUGGCGAUGCCCACACUGCAAGCAGCUGCAGCAGGGUAGCAUCACACUGAGCCUCUGGACUUUACCUGAUGUUCUCAUCAUACAUCUCAAAAGGUUUAGACAGGAAGGAGACCGAAGGAUGAAACUUCAAAACAUGGUUAAAUUCCCCCUGAGUGGCUUGGACAUGACUCCUCAUGUUGUUAAACGUAGUCAGAGCAGUUGGAGUCUGCCAUCUCACUGGUCACCCUGGAGGAGACCUUAUGGUCUUGGAAGAGAUCCUGAGGAUUAUAUCUAUGAUCUGUAUGCUGUCUGCAAUCAUCAUGGCACCAUGCAAGGAGGACACUAUACAGCAUAUUGCAAAAACUCAGUUGAUGGCCAGUGGUACUGCUUCGAUGACAGUGAUGUUCAGCAACUUUCUGAAAAUGAAGUCUGCAAGCAGACAGCUUAUAUUCUUUUCUACCAGAGACGCACAGCAAUCCCAUCAUGGUCUGCUAACAGCUCUGUGGCAGGCUCUACAAGCUCCUCGCUCUGCGAGCACUGGGUCAGCCGUCUUCCUGGUAGCAAGCAGCCCAGCAUUGCUUCGGCAGCAUCAUCACGACGCACGUCUCUGGCUUCACUCUCAGAAUCAGUAGAGCUGACUGGGGAAAGGAGUGAAGAUGAUGGUGGAUUUUCAACUCGACCCUUUGUAAGGAGUGUCCAGCGUCAGAGCUUGUCAUCUAGAUCUUCUGUCACCAGCCCCCUGGCAGUGAGUGAAAAUGGUGUCAGGCCCUCGUGGUCGCUCUCCGCAAAACUGCAGUUGCGCUCCAACUCUCCAUCCCGCUUCUCUGGAGAUUCCCCUGUACAUACCUCUGCUUCCACCCUGGAGAAGAUUGGGGAGGCGGCUGAUGAUAAAGUCUCCACCUCUUGCUUCGGCAGCCUGAGGAAUCUUUCUAGUAGCUACUUAGAGCCCUGUGAUGGCAGUCGGCGAGAGCACAGGACGGCUCGCAGAGCCCCCUUGGCUGUCAUGGAAGGGGCAUUCAGGGAAGAGUCUGUUGUAAGGACAUCUAGCUCAGAUCUCUCGGAUGGGUAUGGUAAAAGCUCUGCGCAGUCAGACAGGAAUCACCCUGCUCUGGACCCUUUUGAUAACAACAAUCAAAUCGCCUUUGUUGAUCAGAGUGAUUCUGUGGAUAGCUCUCCAGUCAAGGAGGUGAAAGCCCCCAGUGGGACAGGGCUGGCUGCAGAGAAGGCAGAUGGCACCCCUAAGAAGGUUCACAGCUCCAAGGGAGUUUCUGAGCCAGACAAAAGUUUGAGGAAGGGAAGGACAGUCUUAUCUACCCAAGAGACCAAAGUCUCUCACUCUUCUCCUCCACUAAAGAGUUCCCAGAAAGUUUCCCGGUCUAGAAGUAAGAUGGACUCCUCUAGGGCCAGUGGGCGACACGGGUCUCCUGCUCCCACUCAGGCUAGGAAGGACCAUAGCACGAAGCCCCUUGAGGUGGCUGUCCCGUCGGCUCAACAGAAGCAAAAGUCAGGUGGUUCUCCAUCCUCCACAGCUGCCAAGAAAACCCCAUCAGGCUCAUUGACUAAGGGCUCUUCUGCUGGGAAGAGCCGGACUUCAGACCGAAGCCUCAGCAGGGAGGGCUCUAAGAUAAGUCUGGGGUCAGAUAAAACGAGUGUUACCAGCAGUUCAAGAACGAGCUCCCCAAGGAUAAGCCACUCUAGGAGUGACAGCAGGGCAGUAGACAGCAAGCAUGUGCGGAGUUCCUCUAUGGCCAACCUGCGGUCUCCAAAUGUUGGAGUGCGUUCUGGUUUGAAGAGGGACAGCAAGUCGGAAGAGAAAGGAUUGUCUUUCUUUAAAUCAGCCUUAAGGCAGAAAGAGACCCGGAGGUCUGCAGACCUGGGAAAGACAACGAUGCUUUCAAAAAAGACAGUGAGUGGCAGUUCCAAGUCAGGCAGUAAAAAUGUGCUGGAAGACAAAUCGGAGAAAGGUGUUGUCCCACCAGCCUCUCAAACCAAUGCCAACAUUACCACAAAAGAAAAACUUGUCCCAAAAGAUGCCACACCGAAUAAACAUUCUCUGCUAUCCAGUCGCAAGUCUAAGUCUUCCCAGCUAGAUCCCGGAGUCCAGUCUCCUCCUUCCAGUGGCAAACAGUCUGCUGACAAGCCGCUGAAAAAAUUACCUUCCAGCAUGCAGGUGUCUGUACGGCCUUCUCUGGAACCUCAGUGA